AUGGAGGAGGCCCCCAGCCGCCUAGAAGCCCUGCAGAAGCUGCGGGAGCGCCUGUGCACCGAGACAGAGCCCAGCAAGCUCUACAGCACCCUGAAGAAACUCUCUCGCCUGCCCGUGCUGGGCGACACCCUGGAGGAGAUUGGCUUCAGGAAGACCAUCAAAGUGUUGAAGAAACAGCAGCUCCUGCUACCCUUUGCCAAGGACUUAGCGGCCCAGUGGUCAGAGGGGUCCCACUUUGGGCCCCGGCCUGAACCCAGACCCCAGGACUUUGCCUCCCAGAGCAGCGCGACGACAGAGCCUCGCAGAGACUCCCCAGAGGCGCUUGAGCCUGCUUCCCGGCCACAGGGAGGAGGUGGCAGAGAGGUCUUGGAGGUCAGCGGUAGCAGCCCGCAGCGAAGCGCACCUCGCAGCCCAAGCUCCGAGCCAGCGGGAAGAAAGAGGCCCAGAGGGUCCUUCGGGGGCAGGCAGCUAGCCGCGGAGAGCCAGGUACAGGUACGCGGAGGCAAGCCCCCACAGGGAGGUGUUGGGGCGCCCUGGCGGCUGCAAGGGGUGAAGGCCCUCUGCGGCAAGCCAGCGGCUGGGCCAGCGAAGCGGCGUCCGUCUCCCCCGAGGGAAAAGACCCCUGGCCCCUGGAUCCGGGAAGACCAGCAGGCCGCUUCUUUGCAGGCUCGCCUCGACUACCACAGCUCUGACAGCUCUCCGUCUUCCUCCGCGCCCGCGCCGCCGCCUCCGGGCAAGAGGAAGAGGAAAAGCAACUGGAAAGCUGAGGCGCAGAGCCCCGGAGCAGAGGUGCCUCGGGGCGAGUCUCACAGCUGCAGCGAUCUGAAUCUCCUCCUGGAUGACGAUCCCUUCCCAGAGCUCACCUCCGGUCUCCAAGCCUGCUUCUCCGGAGGAGAAGGACCUGAGGACUCUUCCUUGCACACUGACCGAGAAGCAGCACCUUGGGCGCGCAGGGCGACCUGGAAAACGCCUGUGUAUUCGGGUCGCACACCAGCCAGAGCUCUCCCAAGGAAAUCGCACCAAGGACGCUUUGCGAACCCCGACCGCACGUGGGAAACUCACAGCCAACCGGCCCCGCAGGAAUGCGGGCUCUGGAGACAGCAAGAGGACCAGUCCCGCACCUGCAAGCCAACUAACCCCCAGACUGAGACCCAGACACACCUCAGGCUGCAGCAGUCCAGCGAGCUGAGGCUGAAAGCCCUGACAGCCCGCAUCCAAAGCUCACAAGCCAAGAAGCAUCAAGACCGCCAAACCAAGCUGAUCUCCUUCCACGCCCUGACCGCAGACCCAGGCCAGCAUGCAGACUCCGCACCCAGACGGGAAGACUCCCCCGAAAACCUGAACUGCCUCAGCCAAGGCCCUGGCACUGACCUUGUGAAGAGGGCUCCGCGCCCCGCCCUGGGCGGCAGGGACCAGACCCGUGCUAAGAAAGCCGCCCCGCUCAUGGCCAAGGCCCUCAAGGAUUACAAGAAUAGGUGGUCUCGGAAGUGA